AUGCAGCAGUGUGUUAUUACCGAGGUGUUACGUGAGGAGGCGGUUUGGCAACUGGGACGCGUCGGCUCCAAAUGGCCGCCAAACUCUGUGUGCGAUUCCUGCCACGCGCCCACAGAGUACACAGGCAUGCCACAGGAGAGUGGUACCCUGGCCACGUCUGUCACCAUAGAGAGUGGUACCCUGGCCCCACUGUCUGUCACCAUAGAGAGUGGUUUCCCUGCCCACUGUCUGUUCACCAUUAGAGAGGGCUCCAGCUCCAGCCCGGCUCCAGCUCCAGCCCCAUCCCAGCCCCAUCCGCAGCCCAGCUCUAGCUCCAGCCCGUCCAGCUCCAGCCCGGUUUCCAGCUGCCCAGCCGCAGCUCAGGCCCAGCUCCAGCUCCAGCCCAUCCCAGCGCCAUCUGCAGCCAGCUCUAGCUCCAGCCCGUCCAGCUCCAGCCGGCUCCAGGCCCUGCUCCAGCUCAGCCCGGCUCCAGCCCCAUCCCCAGCCCAGCCCAUCCAGCAGCCCGGCUCCAGCUCCAGCCCGUCCAGCCCCAGCCCGGCUCCAGCUCCAGCCGUCCAGCCCCGCACCGCUCCAGCACAGCUCUAG